UUUCAGCAAUGAAACAGGUGUAAUGAUGUUGAUUGGUGUAGAAUUCAACUAGAUAUCGUGGCACUAUCAUCUUUUACCACUUCUUUAUAAAAGAACUAUCGUGUUCUUUUCCUCAGUGAGAAGAAACAAAAAAGCCAAUCAGAAGAUUUCCAUCAUUCCUCAAGAAAUAGAAAUAUAACGAAAAUAAACAUUAAAAGAAACGUAAAAAGUAAAAAGAAAAAUAAGAACAAACAAUAAUGGAAACAAAAUCGAUGCUGAUCAAAUCCUGUUUAUUCACAUUGGUUUUCUUUCUGUCGAGUCAAACUACUUCAGCAAAUCCAAACUAUACUGUCACAGAAGAAGCCUGGUUUGAUUUCCUCAUCCAGAAAUUUAAUAACACGAAAGAAGAUUACGUAAGUCGUGUAGUGAUUGCAUUAUUUGGAGAUGUUGCACCAAUGACCGUCACCAAUUUCGCCGCUAUCACACGAGGAUACAGCCGAGGAAAAGAAAAAUUACAUUAUAAAGGCACUAACGUCCAUCGAAUCGUCCCUGAUUUCGUCAUUCAGAUGGGAGACAUUACAAAAGGAGAUGGCACAGGAGGUCGUUCUAUUUAUGGUGAGAAAUUCAAUGACGAAGAUUUCGUUCUCAGCCACAAAGCAGCUGGUUAUGUUUCUAUGGCUAAUCACGGAGAGGACACAAACGGUUCUCAGUUCUUCAUUCUUCUGAACAAAGCCAGAUGGUUGGAUGGAAAGCAUGUUGUAUUUGGGAAAGUCAUCAAAGGAAUGAAUGUUAUAGAAAUAAUCGGAAAUGUUAAGUCUGACAAGGACACCGCAGUUCCUUUUUCAACUGUGAAAAUCGUGGAUUGUGGUCUGGUUGGUAUCGAAAAGAAAUACCAGCUGACAGAGGUACAGACCUUGUCCAACAAAGAUAUCUAAUAAAAUCAAAAAGUAACUGUUAUAGACAAUAUGUAAUUAGAGAGACAUAGAAGUUACUGUUGGGCGGGAAAUAUAUUCUGUUUUAGAUAAAAACCUAAUUGUAUGUCUGCAAGCUAUAAAAAAAAUGUGCGGGCAUGCGUAUUUGUUAUCGUGCUGUAUGUGUGUACGUGUGUAGAAAUGUGCUUGUGAUUAUAUACCAAUGUAGGGCGGUGUGCUAGUAGAAGCGUUACCGCACCGGACAAGAUGGAUGGCGGCAUUUCGUCGGCCUUUGCGUUUUGAGCUCAAAUUUUGCCAAGGUCGACUUUGCCGUUCAUCUUAUCUGAGUCGAUAAAAUAAGGACCAGUUGAUCAUGAAAUUGCUGGACUUGUGCCAAAAUUUGAAACCAAUUAUACAGUGAAUUCAUUGUCGAUUUCUUUAAUACAUCACAGUAUGAAUACACACAUGCGUGUGCAUAUGUACGCCUGUAUGUGCAUAUACAUAGCAUGUGAUUGACUCUCUGUGUGCGAUUGUGUGCGUGUGUGGGAGGAAGAGUGAUAGUAUGUGUGUGUGUGUGUUUGUGUGUCUGCGUGAGAGAGAGAGAUUGUGAGUGACUGUGUGUGCGUAGGUGGUAAUUAUUUCUUGAAUAAAGAUUGAAUUUUUAAAACAGUAACAUA